AUGAAGAUCGUCACUCAAGAAGAUGUUCGGGGCUACACUGAUUCCACCAUUGAAGGUGGUAUCAAGGGUGCCAUCGUCGCCGUCGCCCUCUCUGUCCCCGGUCAUUUCUUUUUCAAGAAGAAUGUAGCCGCCUACCGCACUCUGCCUCUGCCGCUCAAAUCCCUCGUCUACGUCAUGGUCGGCGUGCCCUGCAUUUCCGUCUUUGCCGAAAAGGCGGGAGAGGCAUACAACAGGGGGCAGUACACUGGCGUGGGACAGAAAGAGCUGGAUUAUGAGUUGGAGAGGGAGAGGGAGAAGUGGGAGAAGCUGAGCAGCUGGCAAAAGACCACCGACUGGGCUGCUCGACACAAGUACGGGAUCAUCGGUGCUGGUUGGGCUGCUUCUAUGGGUCUCGCUUUCGGCAUUGUUGCUAGGAAUCCUUACCAGUCAACAUCACAAAAGGUGGUGCAGGCCCGUAUGUGGGCUCAAGGUCUAACUGUGGCUCUCCUGAUCGGUUCUGCUGCCUUGACCGGUAUGCCCACUGGUUCUACUGGUGACUCGGCUGUCCACACGCCUCACGCCGACCACUCGUGGCGCCGAAUGCUCGAAAUGGACGAGACUUUGACCGCUGCCGAGCGAGCUCAAUUAAAGGACGAGUCAGACCCCAACAAGUUGAAGGACCUCCACGAGAGCAUCGCGAAGAGGAAGCAGGCUGCUGCUGGCAAGGCCUAG